CAACCUAUAACGUAAGCGUUCACUUUAUCGAUUGCAGUCCCUAUCAGUCGAUAGAUAAGUUUAUCAGCAGUUAUCAAACAUUCUCCUAUCACAAGCAAAAAUAUCAUAUUUCUGUUGUCAUAUUUUGAAAUAUCAUAUUUUGAACAAAUUAAUUGUGUUUAGUCUCUUUUGUGAAUUUUUUGAGUGUUUUCUUUCGGUUUUAAGUUCAGAUUUGUGUAUUAAAAUGGAGAAUGUGGAGGAAAGUUCUGCUGAUGUCAAAGGUUUUAAUUUGAACCCUUCUAAUACCAGUAACCCCCUGCUGGUCCCAGACGAGGUCGGCGUGAAGUUUGACCCAAAUGCCUUGUACUACGACAUGAGCGGUGACAAGUACCUCAUAAUACUGAACCAGCACACCUUCAAGAAAACCAUUUAUUUCCAAAACAAGCAGCCAUCAACAAGAACCGGCACUGACAAUGACGUGAAGAGUUUGAAAGCCAUUUUCGGAAACCUAGGGUUCGAAGUCAUCGUUCUCAGAGAUCUGGAAUAUUCAGACAUUAUCAAAAAUUUAACUGCAAUUGCAUCUAAAGACCACUCGAAGACAUCAUGCAUCUGCAUCACGAUCCUCACUCACGGCGACAAGGGAGGUGAGGUGCACGCGGCAGACCGGCCGUAUUUACUCACUGAUAUCAUGGCCAUCUUCGAAAAACAGUUGAGUCUCGUCAACAAGCCAAAAUUGUUCUUUGUGCAGGCUUGUAGAGGCGCUAACAUGGACGCCGGUAACACCGUAGCGCUGGACAGCCAGAGCGACAGUGUCCUCACCAUUCCAACACAUGCCGACUUCCUCGUUCUGUGCUCCACUGUGGAAGACCACCUCUCGUACCGGGACAUGUACGGAUCGUGGAUGAUCCAAGCCCUCUGCCACGUGAUGGAGGAACAUCAUGAGGACCUGGACCUCCUACACAUGAUCACCCUCAUGAAUCGGAAGGUGGCUUACGAGAGAAGCACGUAUACUCCUUCAAAUAAGGCGAUGAAUAAUAAAAAGCAAAUGCCAGAAACACGUUUUACGCUUACCAAGCUGCUGAAAUUUUGAAGCAACUCCGAAGCCCGUGUGCUUCGGAUGUCGCCUCUGUUAGUUAAUAAACUUAGAUUUAAUUAAUAGAAUUUGUGUUUUUCUUUUUCUAUAU